AUGCCCAAUGAAUCUCAAGUUUUAGUAUUGGCGGUUGUAUGGGCAUGGGUUGCUACCACAGCUUCUACAGGAUGCCCAAAAAUUUGCGAAUGUAAAUGGCGGGACGGAAGAGAGAUGGUCGUUUGCCAAAAAGCCAACUUUAUAGACGUACCUCGAGGGCUGGAGUCAACAACUCAAGUGCUUGAUCUUCGACACAACAACUUGAGAAUUCUUCCGCGAGAUUCCUUUGCUUAUAGCGGCCUGUUGAACCUGCAGAAAUUGUGGCUAAAUUUCUGCAAUAUAAUGUGGGUUGAAAAAGGAGCUUUUCGGGAGUUAACCCACGUGAAAGAACUAGACUUAAGCAACAAUUUCUUACGGGAUGUGCCAUCUGGCGCCCUUGCAGACAUCGCCAGUCUCCGUGAGCUACGACUUGCACACAAUUAUCUAACUGUCCUUUCCGCCACUGCCUUCCUAUUUUCGCUUGACCUGGUUGAACUCGACAUAAGUUAUAAUAAGAUAAGCAAAAUCGAAGAAAGGGCUUUAAGAGUUCUCGGAAACCUAGAGAUCCUGAAUGUGGCAGGUAAUAAAAUUACUUUUCUAAAUUCUACUGAGCUAAGACCCCUUCAGGUUUUGCGUGUAAUUGGGAUUGAUGACAACCCUUGGGAUUGUGACUGCCGUCUUCAGCAACUCAGCCACUGGAUGCGUGAGCGGAAACUGACAGCGUCGACGCCUCCUUCGUGUUCACACCCAAGCUGGCUCUACGGGCGAGACUGGCAGGCGCUUGAUGACAAGCACUUCCUCUGCGGCCCGCAUACAAUGGCUGCCACCCCAAGAAUCUUAGCAACAGACAGAGAUAAUGUCACACUUAUGUGCAGAGUCGAGUCGGAAGUAGAAGUAAUUAUCACCUGGCUAGUUGACGAAACACCGAUACUUAACACAAAUAUGACACACCGUUAUAAAGUGAAACAAUCAGGAGAUCCCGAUCGCCAGCUCUAUGUGUCAAAUUUUACAAUACUCAGUGUCGUGAGAGAGGAUCAGGGAAUAUAUCGUUGCUUGGCAGAAAACAGAGCAGGAACCAGUGUAACUGAUAUAAUGUUACAAGUGUCACAUGAAGUUGUUGAAGUGCGCAGUGAAAAUGUUGAACAACUCUUCAUGAGGCGUGGUUUGCUUGGAGCAGUAUCAAUAGUUCUGUUUUUGGUGUUCUUCACAUGUAGUGUGAUGUACUGUAAAGCAAAGGAUAUUAGGUUACAAGUAUCUGAAGACAACAGUCUAAGGACAACAAAGUUAACCAAGAAUUUACACGAGAAAUUAGGGGAGUAUAAUGCAGGCCAUGAUAGUAACAGCAACAUACAAACGCACGACACACAAUCAUGGGUAAUCUGUGAUUCGCCUGGUGAAAAUGUUCAAACUAGUGACCUUACUAUGAAAUCUGGUCAAGAGCCCAACAAAAGUUCUCCUAAACAGCCUCUAUUAAUCGGCGCAGCAACAUCUCGUGUUGAAAUAAAAAAACAAGAAGAAACUGACACUCAUACUAACACAGAAUAUGAGAUGUAUCCAGAAAGAUUCAAUGAGGAAAAUGUGCUCUAUAAGGAAAUCAAUCGCCACCCCUCUUAUUCUUCGCUAGGUAACAGUCUCCACUUCCCAGAUUUACUAGAUCUUCCUAAAUCGCAUCUCUCUGACCUUACGGAACCACAGAAGUGCGAGCCGGUUCAACGUCCAGAUGAAAAGCUGUUGCUGGGUACCCACAGAUCAUGCAUCUCUUCAAGGAGACUGUAA